AUGGCACCGCCGACAGAUCCGGUGACGCAGAUGAAUACCUACCGGUCGUACGUGACCAUGCUGGCCGAUCCUAACGCAAAGGACGAGUCAAAGUUGAAGGCAGCUCAGGAGAUGUCGGAGAAUUUCGAGGUCGUGAUAAUAUGCUCGCCCCAGUACCCAAACUUUUUGGAUCAUUUGAUGAAAAAUUUCCUCAAGAUACUCCAAGAGGGAGAGCCGCACUUCAUAUCGGAGUACAGCAUACAGCAGAUGCGCAAACUCAUCCUGGAGAUGAUUCACAGGCUACCGACCAACGACUUCCUCAGAACGUACGUCAAGCAGAUACUCAGCCUCAUGCUCAAACUCCUGGAAAUCGAAAACGAGGAGAACAUCAUCGUUUGCUUGAGGAUCAUCAUUGAGCUCCACAAGCAGUACAGGCCCACCUUCAAUCCCGAGAUCCAGCACUUUUUGCAAUUCGUGAAAUUGAUAUACAGCGAGUUGCCGAAAAAUUUACCGAAAAUUUUCGAGCCUCGGCCGCCUAUCCGUGUCAAAGAUUUCAAUGAAAUAAACCUCAAUCAGGAAGCUUGGCUGAAGGAAACUUUCACCAUAACUCCCAUCCAGAGCGAGAAGAAGGCUCCCGAUGGCUCUGUACAAACCGUAAUACAAUCUCAUUCCAAGAGCAGUGCUGUCGCUUAA